AUGUAUGUGCUAAUGCUUGAAACUGGAUAUCCGCCAACUUUACCUUCUCAGGAUCAACUCUGGCAUACGAAUACUCCACUAGGAGAAGUACCAGCAGCAGUAGCCACUAGGAGAAGUACCAGCAGCAGCACAAGAGAAGCAGUAGUACCAGCAGCAGCCACCAGGAGAAGUACCAGCAGCAGCACAAGAGAAACAGUAGUACCAGCAGCAGCCACCAGAAGAAGUACCAGCAGCAGCAUGCAUGUCCUAUUGACUAAUGAUGAUGGUCCGAUAAAUGAUCAUUCGUGUCCAUAUAUGAAAUAUUUUGUAGACGAGAUCUUAGAGUCAACAGAUUGGGAUCUCUCUAUAGUUAUCCCAGAUCAACAACGAUCUUGGAUUGGAAAAGCGCAUUUUGCCGGGAAAACCUUAGUUGCCACUUAUAUAUACACGAAAUGUUCUACAACCUCCCCAAACACAAAUAUAAACUCGUUUGAAGGCCCUUUCAAUCACCCUGUGGCGAAAUAUUCAAGUAAUAAACAAUACCAGGAAUGGUGCUUGAUAAAUAGUACACCUGCGGCAUGUGCCGAUAUAGGGAUCCAUCAUUUGUAUAGACACUCAAAAAACAAGCCAAUUGACUUGGUCAUAAGCGGGCCCAAUUUCGGGAAAAACUCAAGCAAUUUAUACAUCUUGGCUAGCGGUACCGUAGGCGCCGCUAUGGAGGCUGUUACUCAUGGGGUAAAGUCCAUUGCCUUGAGUUAUGCCUUUAGUAACUUGAAUCAUGAUUUUGGCAUUUUGAAAGAAGCUGCGAAAAUAUCUGUUAAAUUGAUAACAAAGCUAUAUUCCCAACUCCAACUGAGUCCCGAAAUUGAUCUAUUUUCUGUUAAUGUUCCUUUGGCAGAAUCUUUGAAGCUUGGAAAGACAAGAAUCCAUUACGCGCCUGUUUUCCAAAACAGGUGGGCGUCUAUAUAUGCGCCCGCACAGCAUCCUAAUGAUAAGGGCCAAUUGCAGUUCAAUUGGGCUCCCGACUUUAAGCAGGUGUACAAGGAUGGGUUGCGUGACCACGCUCACACCGAUAGCAGGGUGCUACUCAACGAAGAGAUCAGCGUUACCCCUAUGAAAGCUGCGUUUAAAACAAUUGAUACAAUAUUUGGCGAAAUUCACCUUCUGCCCCUGAACGAUUCAGAGCUCGAAGAAUCAGAAACAAAGACAAAGACAAAUACUUUUUUGAUUACCAUUCCCAAAGAGUCCUAUUUGUAUAAGCCAUUGGUGGAACCGUUUACAAAACUCAACUAUAAAAUCACUACCGAUUCUCAAGAAAUCCAUCACUCCAAGAAUGCAAUUUUUCACUAUGGUGAAUACGAAGAUAUUGAUAUUGAUUCCAUUGGUAACGGCAAUUAUUUCAUACCAUCCUAUAUUUAUCGUAAAGCACUUAUUAGAAAGCAUUAUCUUGCAAAUACAAUUCACCAUUAUGUUGCAAAGAAUCCGAAAUCAAUCUUAUCGAGGGCAUUUCCUGAAAAUUACCAACUUGAACUUGACUAUGCAGAAUUUUUGGAUGACUCCUUGGAUGAAGCUUAUGAGUUGAGAGAUGCAAUUAACAAAGGUGACAGUCUAUGGAUAGUGAAACCUAGCAUGAGUGAUAAAGGUCAAGGAAUCGGUAUCAUCAGGACUAUUGACCAGCUUCAAACUUUUUUUGACUCUUUUGACAAUGAUGAUGAGGAAGGAGAAGAAGGAGAAGGAGAAGAAGAAGAAGAAGAAGAAGAAGAAGAAGAAGAAGAGGAGGAGGAGGAGGAGGAGGAGGAGGAG